AACGCCAAACUGGGAGAUUUCGGGUUGGCUCGACUUGUUGACCACGGGAAACAAUCACAAACCACUGUUCUGGCUGGAACCAUGGGCUACAUGGCUCCUGAAUGUGUCACCACAGGAAAGGCUAGCAAGGAAACAGAUGUUUACAGUUUUGGAGUUGUUGCUUUGGAGAUAGCUUGUGGGAGAAAACCCAUUGAUCCCAAGUUGGGAACAAGUAAAAUCAACAUGGUAGAGUGGGUUUGGGAGCUUUAUGGACAAGGGAAAGUCAUUGAAGCAGCUGACCCAAAAUUGUGUGGGGAUUUUGAUGAGAAACAAAUAGAGUGCUUGUUGAUUGUUGGGUUGUGGUGUGCUCAUCCAGAUUACAAGAUCAGGCCUUCGACACAACAAAUCAUUCAAGUUCUUAGCUUAGAAGUUGCGCCGCCUAUUCUUCCAUCAAAGAUGCCAGUAGCCAGCUACUUUUCUCCUCCGGUAUCAUUUUCAAUCUUGUCCGGUGAUACUGGUUACAACACCAAUUCAUCACAGUUCAUCUCAUCUUCCGCUUCUAAUUCUUCUCCAUCAGCUUCACUUUUGUACACAAAUUAA